GUUCUUAUCAGUCAGCGACGAGUUACAGCCAGCAUGGAGCUAAUGGUUCAUCUAUUAAAUUCCGGACAACGCACAAAGCAAACAGUUUUGACUGCUCCAGCAGCGUCUGAGUCGAGUUUCCUCACCACACCAUUAUGGGCCAGCGAGGAUCUAAACAACCAGAGGCCCAAGUCCUCCUCCUGGGUUUGGACAACGCCGGGAAGUCCACUCUCCUCUACAAAUUGAAAUACAGAGCGUGCGUCAGCACCGUCCCGACCAUCGGCUUUAACGUGGAGAUGGUGGAGGCCAGAAAGAACAGGACGAACAUCGCCCUGACCGUGUGGGAUGUCGGAGGUCAGGGCAGGAUGCGCAAACACUGGAAGGAUUUCCACCAAGACGCCACGGCCAUCAUGUUUGUCGUGGACAGCUCCGACGUGCGCCGGCUGGAGGAGGCGCGCCGGGAGCUGGCGAUCACGCUGAAGAGCGAGCAGCUGCGGGGCCGUCCUGUGGUCGUGCUCGCUAACAAACAGGACGUCAGUGGUGCGCUGACGGUCACCGAACUUAAGGAUAGAUUCAACCUGAGAAAGAUUUGUUCGGACCGGGACUGGUUCGUUCUGCCUUGUUCCGCCGCGACGGGCUACGGGGUUGAAGAAGGUUUCCGGCGAGUGGCGCAAAUGGUCAAAGUGUCCCAAGACCCUGCGAUGAGAGACAACCUUAAAGAAACGAUGCACUACCUCAGAUCCAACAGACGAAGUUUUAUUUAACAGAAACAGUGAUUGGGAAAAGGCUGAACAGUGCCGACGCCUUUUACGCACGAAGUUUGUGCAAAUCCUGCAAAACAAUGA